AGAGUUCUCAGACUUUGUCGUGGCAUGAGUUAUGUCCCAUUCUUUAGAGUUUACAAACAUUAUGACAGAACUAAAGACCAAAGGCGAGGUUGAAGACAGCAAAUCCAGUUUCACGUCUUUGAAUUGAAAGCUUUAUACGUUAAUGCGCGAUGCCUCUGGUUAAACGGAAUGUUUGCUAACGGAGUCUAUUUGAGAACAGGACAGAUUAUCGGUUACAAGUCACGUAGGCACAUACUCAUUCUGAGAAUGGCUAGCUGUAUGAUUCAAAGAGAGCGACCGAAAGUUGGCGUUGGUGUAUUUGUCAUGAGUUCAAAACAUCCAAACUGUGUCCUAGUAGGUCGAAGAAAAGGUUUACAUGGGGCAGGAAAGUAUGCAUUGCCAGGAGGGCACCUUGAAUUCGGGGAAAGCUGGGAAGAAUGUGGCCAGCGAGAAGUGGAAGAAGAGACAGGCAUGAGACUGGUGGGGAUACGCUACUCCACAGUUGUUAAUGCUGUAGUCCCCACUGAGAACUAUCACUACAUCACUCUGUUCGUACAGGGUCAUGUAGACUUGCAGCACAUGGCUGAUCCUACUAAUCUUGAACCUGAUAAAUGUGAAGGUUGGAACUGGGUGGACUGGGACAGGUUUCUUCCUCUGGAAGACCUGUUUGAGCCUCUGAGACUAGUUAGACUGCAAGGCUACAACCCCUUCACUGCACAAACUUCUCUUCAUCUUGUGUAGUAUAUGUUCAACGUAUUUGGAUGGUGAUUUAUAUUGGGGAUUUGCAUAAAGAUGUGGGAAAAUAUCAAGCAACAUCCCACAUUUAAGAACUUAUGGGAUAUCUGUGAAAAUAUCUAUUUGGAAUGUCUCACAAACUCUGCUUAUGUAGCAUUUGUUUAACAUCUGUGAUGGUGUUUGGUUAGUACAUGGUUAUGCUUUCCCGCAGAGUUUAACUGGAGCUUGUGCGACAUCGGUUUUAAACUUCACGGAAAUGCACAUAGUGCCGUGCUUUAUAUGACAGUAAUAUGACGUAUGUUUAAGAGCAUAGGUGGUGAGGUGCUGAAAUUGGUGGUUAGUAUGAUCAAUUCUGGAUCAGAAGGUCUGUGAUUCGAGGACUACUUAGGCUUAUGGCAGGAAAAUUCUCACUUUCAACGUAUGAAAAAUGAUUUAUUUAGUAAGGUAAAAAAUACUAUGCGAGUAACAUCUGAUCUUUUACUAGCUUUGACUUACUGUGAACUGCAUAUACAGCCAAAAGACUAAUGAAACCUUUACAUUUUCUUUUCUUUAGAAAGGCAUCAGUAAUUGGCUGCUAUGCAUAAUUCAACAGUAUCAUAUUGAGGACUUCAGAUGAUUUUUAUUUAUUAUUAAAGAACACUUACAUAGAGCAUUAAUUGCUAUGGUCUGCUAUGGUCGAUCAUGUCUCCCCAUGACUGAUAACUCAGGCAUCAGUUAUAGAAUGAAAGGAAUGAUAACCCUAACCCUCAUUGGGUAGCGAGCUCAAUGCUUUACAAAAGAGAAUGCACAAAAGAUGGGAGAAUCAAGAUAUGUGAAGUGUAUUGACAAUAGAUGGCCAAAGCUUGGUGCUAAUUCUUCAUGGUUCAAAAUAUCAGAUUUAGAUCUGUUGAUUAGGUGGAGAUAUGUACUCCACAAAAACAGUGAUGUCAUUAAGGUGACACUGUAAAGUCAUUACAAAGUAUUCAGUGGACAGUUUAUUCCAAGCUGAAAAAAAGAAAAUAUUCAAAUAAAUCAAUUUGUACCCUCUGGACCAGCAUCUUCCACAUCCUAAGAAAAUGCAUUCUUCGAACAGUAAGUCUCCAUUUCAUAAGAUUUAGAUGCAGGAUGAAGCAGAUAGGUCAUACACAUACAAAAUGUGUUAAUAUUUUCCUAUAAACGUGUGUGUUUAUUUCAUUUUUACCGUGGCAUUAAUCCUCAGAAUCAUAAACUGUGUUCCAUUUACCUACAAAAUCCUUGCUUUCAGGAAGGUCCUACCUCUAUUGUGCUGAAAUUGCAUCAUGAACAGAAAAAUGAUUGUAGAUCCAAAUGCAUCAUUCUGAGAUAUCUGCAUCACCACAGAUAAUAUCACAAUAUCGUGCCAGCUUUGACUGUUAAUAUAAAUUAUUGACUGUUUGAGCUAAUAAGGAAACUGGCCUUUAAAAGAAACAAAAUCUGAAAUUACCUUCCUAGAAUACUAAUUACCCCAUCCAAUCAAAAAAGAAAAAUCCUUCCAAAGAGGCACAAAAGUUAUGCAAGCAUAAAAUUAUUUAUACGUGUGUUUUUGUAUGCUGAGACUUUGCAAUAGCUGAUAUCUUUUAUCUACAUUUGAUGUUAACACACUUAUUUUAUUGAUGAUAAUUUGUUGUCAUUAUUGAGUGCAGUCCCAUUUUCUGGGGACUUCAUAUUAGGAGCACAUUUCCAAUGUUGUGUUUCACAAUUGUCACAUUACUCUGUGAUGCUUUAGUGAUUCAUUCACAUCUUUUCAGGUUUUUUCCUUGAACCUAAUCUUUUUAAUCCCGAAUGUUCUAUUUUAAAAUUUCUAUUUUGUAAAGAUUGUUGCCUUUUCAGUUGGUGGUGGGAUGUGGUUUUCCUCUUUGCCAUAUUCUCCUCUAAGGACUACAUAUUUUGUCGUGAACUAUGCUGCUAUAAGUAUCAUUCUUAAUGCCUUUGAAUUUAUGACUAUUUUAUACAGUCCUGAGGGCUUCAACAUAAACUUUUGGUAUCAGGGUAUUUCAUUAUCCAUAUUCUUCUGGAUGGACCUCAUUUCCUGUAAUGUCAGGAGACAAUUCAUAAGUAAAUGUUUACUUGAACUUUUUUGAAAAUGGCAUAUACAUUCCUCAGUAUGAAAGCAUUGAAAUAAUUUAAGUUUUAAGAGUUAUUUCAAAAUGGUGUGUACUUUGAUAGUGCAUCCAGAUUUACUUGCAGCGUUUUUGAUACAGAUGGCCAGUGGCUUGAGGUGACAGUGACAGGUUACAUGACUCAUUAGUUAGUAUUUUCAAAUUUUAAGUCUUAUCCUACUCAUUUAAAAAAAAAUGAAAGCAUUGCAGUAUCUUCUCAUUCACUGUGUGUCAUACAGGUGCAGGUACAUGAUCAAGCCACACAGUGUGGUGUUUAUGUUUGGCUGAAAACCCUUAUAUGUGGCAAAAAUAUUGUCGUAAAUCUUGAUCCUAUUUUUUUCCUUCCAUUUCUGUCAGCAUAUGCCCCAGGUGUUUAAGUGGGAUAAGUUCUCCAUACAAGUAGGUUGCCUGCAAAGAUUUUUUGUCAAACUUCCAAGAUUUUUUCUUUUUGCCACCCAUAGGGGCUUUAUGAAUACAGUUUAAAAAAAAAAUUACAACCCCCGUAUCAAGUACUCGUAAUCAUUCUGUUUUCCUUCUAUCCUUGCUUAAAUCUCUCUCCCAAUUUCAACCACCACCAUCAUUUAUUAUCAAUUUAGUUUCACAUCAAUUUUUAUUUCCCCUCUCUUUAAAUCUCUUUUUUUUCUUAUCACCAACAAUUUCCCCUGUCAUAAACCACCAUCAUUAGUUACCUUUAGAGAAACCCAAUGUUUAAAUGAGGAAGCUGGUGAGAGCUGGAAGUAACAUCAUCAGGUACCCAUAUCCUGAGGCCAACUGAUGACGACUUGCUAUAAAGUUCAGACAUCAUUUACAACAGUGUAGAUUUUGUUUGGCUUAUAGCUUGUCUCAAUGUUGAAAGCAAUCAUAAGGGCACUAAAAUCCCAUAAAGAAUUAAAACUAGCAACUUUUGCAGCAAAAAUAUGAAUCUAUGUUCUUUCACAAAAGUGAAACUAAAACAAGUGUUGAGCAUGAAUAAUCUAAUUGUCUCAUGCAAAUGAUUUUCAAUGGUCUCAUAUUUUGUGUUCUACAGAUUUUUUUUAUAUUAAUUUAUGAUUCUGUACAUGUGUGUAAAUAUGUGUUCAUAACUAUGUUAGCUCAUUUCUCCUUUACCUCAAGUAUUUUGUAAAAUGUGGUAUGAUAAAAUUUCUGUGUACUAAAGAUUUUUGGAAUAGA